AUGAUCCAACUAGCAUUACUCGCCACACUCUUGGUCUCGGCCGCCUUCUCAGACAUCUCAGCUUCCAAAGAAAUCCAGAAUGAAUCAUCAAAAACCAAAGUCAUCGACGUAGUUGUCGAGGGAAUGGUGUACUGCCAGAGCUGCAACAAGUUGGGAUCAUGGUCACUGACAGGAGCCAAGCCCCUAUCUGGCGCUAAAGUUGGCGUCAUCUGUGAAAACUCCAUGAACCGCGUAAGCUAUUACAAGACAUUUCAGACAGAUUCACAAGGCUAUUUUUACGCAGAGCUGGAUGGAUAUAAGAUGAAUCACUCGUUACUGGAUCAUCCUCUCCAGGCCUGUCAUGUGAAACUUAUUUCAUCUCCUCUUGCAAGCUGCGACGUCCUCACGAAUGUUAAUUAUGGAAUCAAUGGCGCUUCGCUUCAUUAUGAAAACAAGAGAUUGGUUUAUGAGAAUAUGAAGUAUGAAGCUCUGAUUUAUGCUUCAGCUCCACUGGCUUUCCGUCCAGCUCAGUGCACCUAA